UAAUAACUUUGCAACUUGUCCUUCACUCCUUCUUCACCGGCUCUCUCUCAGCUUUUGGACCCCAAGGCCCCCCCGCUCUCUCUCUCCCUUACAACUUUACAGUAGCAGUAAACAGCAACAGCGGCCGCCUCUAUCCUAUUCCUAUAUUAAUCUCUCUUCCCCCCUAUCGAUCAGUCCACCAUUCCUCUCUCUCAUCUCAGAUUUCUUCACAAAAAACCCAUUUUCUUCCUUCCCUUAUAUUGUGUCGAAAUGGGUUUAUAUAGUCCUCUGAACGAUGUGUCAUCUGAUUCAAUCCCUAUUCUCAUUCUGGUACUUGUAGCUAACUUCGUGAGCUACCUGAGAUCCUUGUUUAUUAGGUUACUCCAAUCGGUAGGACUCUUGAAAUUGGACAUGGAAGAUGAGGUAGGUGAUGGGAUGCUCGUUGGUGUUGGGUCUGGCUUGGCUGGACUAGUUAUCGCGUCUGAGCAACUAAAAGCCACCCGGGUCUUCUCUUACCUUGAGUGUGGGGAGGAAGGAGGCGCCGCCGACGGUGGCGGUGGGUUUGAUACGGAUUGUGUGGUGUGCUUGUGUGGGUUCAAGAAAGGGGAGAAGGUUAGGAGGUUGGGAUGUCGUCAUCUGUUCCAUAAGGUGUGUUUGGAUGGGUGGUUCGAUCAACUCCACUGGAUAUGUCCUCUGUGUCGGUUCCCUUUGCUCUCCGACGACCGUGUCGCCGCCACCACCGAAAGGCGUAUCGCUCGGGGUCUUGUCACGUGGUUCUCCAUGCGAUGAUCAGAAGAUAACAUGUUAUCGACGAUGGCUGAUGAUGGUCAAUGGGUUCCUAUUAAAUUAGUGUAGAUUUUUCCUUUUUUUUUCUUUUGAUCUUUUUUCGGGAGAGGUGACGGCAGUUUAGCUUUGUUUUUUUUUUUUUUUCUUCCAAGAACCCUCUUCCCCUUGGUUUGGACUUUGUUUGGAGCAGAGCCAUGGUGGGUUCUUUUCUACUGUUUAUAAAUUAGUGUUUUUGGUGUUAAUGUGAAUUUAGAUUAGACUAAA